AUUUUCUGGACAACCCCUCAUUUCUCAUCACUCCUCUCUUUCAUCUCUAUUUCUUCUACUCAAACAUUCAGUUAGUUUCAAUACAUCAUGUCCGCUCCGUUCGCCAAGUUUCCCUCGUCGGCGAGGAUUUCGCCUAAUCCCUUCACUGUCUUCAUCCCGGAUGAGCAGUUGGACGACUUGAAAACCCUCAUCCGACUGUCCAAGAUUGCUCCUCCCACCUAUGAGAGCCUGCAAUCGGAUGGCCGAUUUGGCAUCACUUCCGAAUGGCUGACAUCUAUGCGAGAGAAAUGGCUCUCGGAGUUUGACUGGCGACCAUUUGAAGCUCGACUGAACUCUAUCCCUCAGUUUACUACAGAGAUCGAGGGUCUCACGAUUCACUUUGCUGCUCUAUUUUCCCAGAGAGAGGAUGCUGUACCCAUCGCAUUGCUCCAUGGUUGGCCCGGCAGCUUCGUUGAGUUCUACCCAAUCCUGCAGCUAUUCCGGGAGGAGUACACCCCUGAGACUCUGCCAUUCCAUCUGAUCGUUCCGUCCCUUCCUGGGUAUACCUUUUCAUCUGGUCCCCCGCUGGACAAGGACUACGGCUUGAUGGACAACGCCCGGGUCGUAGACCAGUUGAUGAAGGACCUCGGGUUCGGAAGUGGUUAUAUUAUUCAAGGUGGCGAUAUUGGGAGCUUCGUUGGACGACUGUUGGGCGUUGGUUUCGACGCCUGCAAAGCGGUUCAUUUGAACCUGUGCGCAAUGAAGGCUCCCCCUGAAGGCCCGUCAAUCGAGAGCCUGUCUGCAGCGGAGAAGGAGGGAGUUGCGCGAAUGGAGAAAUUCAUGACUGAUGGCCUAGCUUAUGCCCUGGAGCACAGUACUCGGCCCAGUACUAUUGGCCAUGUGCUGUCCAGCAGUCCGAUCGCAUUACUUGCCUGGAUUGGUGAGAAAUAUCUCCAAUGGGUGGACAAGCCCCUCCCUUCUGAGACUAUCCUCGAGAUGGUGAGCCUGUAUUGGCUGACGGAAAGUUUUCCGCGGGCAAUUCAUACCUACCGGGAGACUACCCCUACUGCCUCCGCUCCCAAUGGAGCGACGAUACUGCAGAACGAAUUAUAUAUUCACAAGCCAUUUGGAUUCUCGUUCUUCCCCAAGGACCUUUGCCCUGUGCCUCGAAGCUGGAUUGCUACAACAGGAAAUCUAGUAUUCUUCCAAGAUCAUGCAGAGGGAGGACACUUUGCCGCAUUGGAGCGUCCACGCGAGCUGAAGGCCGACCUGACAGCAUUUGUCGAGCAGGUGUGGCAGAAGUAGGCAUACAGUAUUUAGUAACUAGCAGAUAAUUGUAAAUUGUUGAUUCACC